AAUAUGCGGAAGUAUCGAAUUGAAUAGAAUUGAAUAGAAUUGAAUGGAACCACGUGACCACGCGGCCGUUCUAGUUCUUACAGUUUGUUGGUAAAACACGACAUUGAUUAAAUUAAAAAGAGAUGUUCCGAGUUUUGCUCUAGGGGUAACAUAUAGGGUUUAGCACUGAACUGUAUGGGCUUUUUUAGUUAUCCAGCUAACUCAGUAAUCCUGCUUUGUGAUAGUCAACAGGCCCCGGAAGUCUCUGAUUGUUGCCAGCUUCACGGAGCUCCGACAUAGACCUGUAUAUCCAUGGCAAGGUUGCUAAACCUCUUGUAUUGUUAGACAAAUAAAACGGUAAGACUGUUGUAUGUCACAUCGUUACAUAUUGAUUUCACGUGGCUUCGUUUGAGAAAAAAACGAAUGCCAUGUCCCUGAACAUUCGGCUUUAGUAAUUGGCAACUACAGCUGGCUGUUUUUAGUGCCUGCUAACGUUAAAGCUAGCUGAGUAACCGGUAUGUCGAAAGAUGUUGGUAGACAUAGUCCAGGUGCAAUUAAGUUGUAACGCUGAUGUUAGUCUAGUUUUUGCCGAAUUUUAGCUAAAAUAAUUUUGGUCCUUUUUUAAAAUAACAUCGUAAUGUAAGUCUAGGGUAGUUGCUACACAUUAAGAUGGCCAGGUUUAGAUAGUUAACAAAAAUGUGCACCGUUAGACAGUUUUUUGAUACCGUGUAUGACUUACAUAAGUGGAUUUUUCUAUUAUUUCAUUUCCGAAACACUAGAUGUCAUCUAAGUGAACAUUAACAUUAGCCUGGGACCUUAGAUAGCUACAGCUACGACGCUAACCGCCUGAUAACGAUGCAGUGGAAUGUUAAAUAUGAAGUAAAUCUAUCGCUGUUUCCAUCGCAGCUCAUUCGACAUAAGCAGUAUCGCACACUUAUGUACCAUACUUUCUUAAAAUAGGGAAGUGUAUUUGGUUAGUUUUUUAACUUUUAUACACUGUAGAAAAAUAUACUUAGGUUUAUACUUGAACUUUUCUGCAACUUUUAGUACAUAAAGAAUAAUCAAGUAGAAGAAAAUGAUACUCAAGUACAGAAAAUGAUACUAAAAUACUGAACUAGUUGUAUGGCACUAAUGCUCACUGGAUGUUACUUUUGAGUUUUAUUAACUAAAAAGGGAGCCAGUUUUGUCGCAGAUUUGGCAAAGGCAGUCUAGUGGGUCUAUUUAAACUUUGUGUAGCCUACAAUUUUUCUUUCCUUAUUUUUGUAAGGGGGUGCAGCGCUAUAUGGUGUUGAGCACUUUGUGCUAUGAUGGCAUUAUAAACAGACUGAGCAGGUGAUUGAUGAGGAGUGUGCUUUGUUAGCAACAAAAUAAACAUGUAGUUUCACCUUUUCAAGAAGCAACAUGUGUUGAUGAGUUUCUACACUGAAUGGGUGCAGCUGGGAAAAAUGAACCAGUGGGUGUGAUUUUCAGCUCGGUUAGGCUAUAUCAGAACAUCCAGCUGUAUUUGGGUUUAAAGCACCUCUACAUUUGACGCUUUCAUAACUGCUGCGAGCCGGCACACCAGUACUUCAAUAAAAGGAGAAUGACAUUGCUGUCUCCUUGUGAAUUUUAGUUCUGCAAUUUUCCAGUGUAUCCACCUCUGUUCUGUGCAGGAGCAGCCAUGGAUUUGGUGCAGUUUGUGGUGUCCCUGUUGGACCUGCACAAGCAGCAGCUGCAAGCUCUGGCUUGUCAGGGGGAGAUCCAGGCUGCAGUCCUCUCACAGCUGCUGGAGGGGGAAGGGCCUGGGUGCAUGGGGGAGGGCCUGCGGACGCCAAGAUUGAAGCUAGAGGAAGGGAACCCAGAGGCCUACUUCAUUGUAUUUGAGCAGGCGGCUGCCUCCUGCAGGCUGCCCAGGGCAGAGUGGGGUGCCAAGCUGGCAAGGCUGAUAGGCCAGGAGGUGCAAGAGGAGGUGUGUCCCAUCUCCACAUCGUCCACUUUACCUGAUUAUGAUGCCCUUAAAGCCAAGAUACUAAGCAAAGCGUGGGCAGAGGAGGACCAGAGCCGACUGGACUUCCUGUCAGUGAGGUACGACCCCCUGAAAGGUGUCAGAGAGCUGGGACAGAAGCUGGACGGGGCUGCAAAACGCUGGCUCAGGCCCGAGCGCAGGACUGCUGUGCAGGUUGAACAGCAGGUUGCCAUGGAGCAGUUUGUCUCCCUCCUGCCAGAAGAGGCUGGGGCUUGGGUGCACAGGCGGCACCCUCGGGACAUGGAGAAAGCCAUCCAAUUGGCGGAACAUUUUCUGAGCCUAUCCAGUGAGGAAAGCUCUUCUACCAGCGCCACACCCACAAGACAGAUGGAUACAUCAGAAAGACAGUCUGAGCCAGGGGACAGAGGGACUGCUAAACAACACAGAGAUUGUGAUGAAACGGGCAUCAAAGAAAACAUACCCAAGUCGUUUCUGAACAAGCUGGAUACAGUAAAGCUGGAAUCUGUCCAUUUCAGUCUGGAUAUCCCGGAGCUGGAGGUGAUUUACCUGGAAGGAGAGGAAUUGGAUGAAAAUCUUGCUCUCAAGCAGGAAGUGAGUGAGCAAGGUUUCCCAAUUGCCACAGAAACACCUCAGAUCCCUACUGACAGAGAGCGUGCUCCACAGGCUGCCCUUCUCUGCACUCAGGACCCCCUACAGGAAGAGUGCCCACACAGGAGGAGGAGGCUAAGGACGAAGAAUCAAUCAUCACUCACUGCAGUAGAGAGGAUCAUAGUGGGGAGCUCAGAGCGACACAAGGGGACUGUACCACCAUUAUGCCAGCCCAGGAAACAUUGUAACAUCACCCUGCCCCCCCUUGCCCCACCCACCCCCCCUGAGCCAGCUUCUGCCCCCUCUGAACCAGUUUCCACCCCCUGUGAGGUUCUGUCAGUCAGCCCUCAGCUGGCUCCGCCUCUGUCAUGCAGCUCUGCCCUGUCUCAGUAUCAGGAUGCAAUGGCCAAUAGACGUCUAGAUGACAGGGAGGAUUUUAUGUGGAGGCCUUUGUUGUCCAGACUGGGCCUGAAGAGAAAGCAUCCUCACACCAUGCUGGACAGCACCCUGCCCACCUGGAGCAAGGAUACGUUACCCUGUCCACACAAACCCCGCAUCCCUGCUGACCGCGCCUACGCCCACUGCUGCCCAGACUGUGGCCGCUCCUUCACACAGGUGAGCAGUCUGCAGGAGCACCGGAACAUCCAUACAGGGGAGAAGCCUUUUCGCUGUGAACAGUGUGGGAAGGCCUUCCACCAUAGGCGCACCCUGAACAAACACAGCCGUGUGCACUCUGGGGAGAGACCCUUCCACUGCUCACAGUGUGGCUGGACCUUCAAGCUCAAGGAUGCGCUGAAGAGACACCAGCUCACCCACAGUAGGGACAAACCCAGCAGCGGCUGCCAGGCCAAUCUGGAUGGUUUUCGUAGCCUGUCUGAAUACCACCAACUUGCACAGCAGUUGUACUGUGAGGCCAACUGAGAAUGGCAGGCUACAUUCAGCAUGCACACUGAUUUGCUAAGGUUGUGCCUACACUACUGACAGAAACAGUACCUUAUAUAAUUACUUGCCAACAACCAGAGUAACAGCACUCUACAACUAGACAAUUAGUGCAUUGCGGUUUCAGUUCGUAACAGUUCGCUCCGUUUCACUGAUCUGAACACAGCCUUGGUCAUGCCAGUGACUGAGUGGGUAUGUUUUCAUGAUGCAUGAAGGACUUCCAGCCAUGUACCCAUGGAUGUAGUCCUGCCAUGUCAGUAAAGUGGUCCCAUGCUAUGUUUGGUUGUUCUUGGCAUUAAAAUGUUUUUUUUAAUUUA